AUGUCUGUCACAUCAACUUCUCUCAAUGGAACCUUCAACGGUAUCUCUGAAGACGGUAUCGAGAUCUUCAAGGGUAUCAAGUACGCAAACAUUCCGUAUCGAUGGGCGUAUGCCGAGCGAAUCGACGACUACGAUAAUGGCGUUUUCGACUGCACUCAGGAAGGCAUGGCUUGUCCGCAAGUACUUCCUUUCGACUACAACAUUGAAAAGGGGCCCAAGGAGAUGCCUUUUGAUGAGUUUGAAUGCUCCAAUCUCAUGAUCACUCGACCCCAAGGCGCUACAAAUCUUCCUGUGUUUGUAUGGAUCCACGGAGGAGGAAAUCUGGCUGGAAAUGGGUACUGUUCCGAUCACAACCCCGUUCCUUUCGUCAAGCACUCCAUUGUGGCUGGAAGACCCGUUCUUCAUGUGAUGAUCGAGUACCGUCUCAGUGCCUUUGGGUAUCUUGCUGUUCCGGACACAAAUGGCAACUGGGUUGGCAAUUGGGGUGCCCGAGACCAAUACACAGCCUUGCAAUGGAUCUCCAAACAUAUCGUGGAGUUUGGAGGCGACCCUUCCCAGAUCACCAUUGGAGGAGAGUCCGCAGGAAGUAUUGGACUUCACGCUCUCAUGGUGCACGAGAGUAUGAAGCCCAAGGAAGAGUGUAUUAUCCACAAUGUUAUCCUCUCGUCAGGGACCAUGGAUCGAAUGGGUACGGGGACAAUUUCAGAGAAUGCUUUUAAGCCCAUCUAUGACGGUAUCAAAACUCUGGUUGGAGAUAUCAACACCUGUUCUGCGGACGAGCUGUUGGAGGCUCAAAUCAAAGCCGGCCUCGACCUCGGCUUUUACCUCCAAGACGACUUCUUCCCUCCAGACUGGAGAAACGUGCGGUUCAAAGUCUCUCGGGUUUUACUCUCGGACGUGAUUGUGGAUGGAACCAACUUCAAGAACAAGAUCAAUCCAGCGGUACGAGUAACUCCAGAGAACGACUUUGACCACAAGGUCUUCAAGCUCUACAACAUAUCUACCGAAGAUACAUGGGAGGACUACCACUAUAAGAUGAUGCUAUUUAAGGGAGACGAGACCUUUAUUCGUGGAAACCAGCAGCUGGAACUUCUGUUUGAGCAGGAAAAUAUCCCCGUCUGGAGACAGUUGUUCGACCAGAUUCAUCCAAAUGACCCCAGUCGUCUCUGCCACCAUGCCGUGGAUCUCUAUUACAUGUGGGACAACUGGGAGAUGCCUGAAGAUAAACAUGCAGUGGCCCGUCAGUACCAGGACACUCUGACCAAGUUUGUUUACGGACAAGACCCCUGGCCGGUCGACAAGCUCCAUUAUGUCCACGAUAACCAGUUUGAGAUCCUAGACAAGUCUCAGUUUGGCGACUUCCGCAACGUUCCAGCCCUCAAGUUUCUCUUGGGAUUCUCAGCCGAAGAGCUUGGAGAACUCACGAAAAAGUACACUGGAGAGGGUCACUACACGUUGUAG